CAUUUAAACAGCACCGUCAACUCGUAGCGCCAGACGACUUCUACUUCUUCCAGAAACCAUGGUGAAGCGUGUCGCAGUUAUUCUCUCAGGCUGUGGGGUGUAUGAUGGCACAGAAGUCCACGAGGCCUCGGCUGUUCUGGUCCAUUUGAGCCGUGCUGGAGCAAAGGUGCAAAUGUUUGCUCCCACUGCAGAUCAGAUGCAUGUUGUGAAUCACAGUGAAGGAAAACCCACAACAGAAAAACGCAACAUCCUGCAAGAAAGUGCCCGUAUCGCCAGAGGGGAUGUGACUGAUCUAGCCAAGAUAGAUUUUGCAGCUUUUGAUGCCGCCAUCAUUCCAGGAGGAUUUGGCGUGGCUAAGAACCUGUGUGACUGGGCAGUGAAGGGGAAGGAGUUCACCAUCCAGCCCCAAGUGGAGAAACUAAUCAAAACCUUCCACGAGGCUGGCAAGCCCCUGGGCUUGUGCUGUAUCUCUCCUGUGCUUGCUGCGAAAGCACUGCCUGGCUGUGAGCUCACCGUGGGCCAGGACAAAGAAUGUGAAAGAUGGCCCCAUGCACAGACUGCUGCCACCAUGAAGGAGAUGGGUUGCAAAUAUGUGAAUAAAGAUGUUGGGGAAGUGAAUGUCGAUGUUAAAAAUAAACUGGUCACCACCAGUGCUUUUAUGUGCAAUGCUCUCUUUCAUGAAGUUUAUGAUGGAAUUGGUGUCAUGGUAACAGAGGUGCUGAAAAUGGCUUAAGGGAUGUGAAAUGCCAUCCCUUAGGACUGUUUUUGAUGUUGAAAUGUGCCUCAAAACCACAUUCAGCUGAUGUAUUUCAUGAGAUGUUGUACUGUACAUGUGUAUCAGUGUUUUUAAUGAAACAUUAAUAAUUCCAA